AUGAGUAAUUCUGCACCAUGUACUUCUUCAAUGGUGGGACCUCAACUACUAUCAAAUCAAAAUAUGGUUUUUGAUCCAAUAAAUCAUUAUGCACCAAUUGCGUCUUCAAUGGUAGAAUCUCAGCUACUAUCAAAUCAGAAUUUGGUUUCUGAUUAUUCAAGAAAUUAUUUAGUGCCAAAUACUUCUUCCAUGGUAGGACAUGAUCAGCUGCUGUCAAAUAACAAUUUCUUUUCUGAUCCAAGAAAUCAUUUUGCGCCAAAUACUUGUUUAAUGGUACAUCCUCAAGUUGCAGAAUUAUUUGCGCAAUUCACUGCACUAUUAGGGCGUUAUUUGCUGAAUCAGAGCUUAGUGUCCACACCGCAUUGGCAAAUUAACCCACAACAAGGAUCCUAUUCCUCCCUGUACUCAAACGGCGACUUUGGUAAUAACUGUACUUCGUCGAGCUCUGAGUUUCAUAGAGGGCUUGAAGAUGCCUGGAUUGCACAAGGGAGUUUCCAGGAUAAACAUCCCGAAGAAGCGACUGGGCAGGACUUUUCCUACUGAUACAGACACUGAUAACCCCAACGCUUUCAUGGAUGAGCAAUCUGUGGACAAUCCUCUGGAUCUAAACUAAAUUCUGCGGGAGAAUAUUAUUAUAAUAUUGUUGACAUUUGAAGAAUGGUGUAUUCAUCUUUUACCUUGUAUCAGUGU